GGAAGGAGCGCACUGCCGGAGAGAGCGAGAGACUGAGCGUGAAGGAAAGAGAGAGAGAGACAGCGGGGAGCGGGCAUAGAAGCGCGUGUUUCAGCGAAGAGACGCACAGUUUGCAAGAGGAGAGCGGCGAGGCUGCACGAUUAUUUUCUCCCGAUCAGUUUUACGCACGCACGCCGGAGCUGCCUCCUCCAUGAGAUCUUGUGUUAUCUUUUGCGCAAGAACGGACUUUUAUCUGGACAGUAAAAUAAGAGGAUAAUCGAUUUGAAAAAAAAUGUUUUUUGCUUUUCCAAUCACACGUGCUUUUACCAAGUAAAUGUGCAAUUUGGAAAGAGAGACAGAGCAAAAGAUUUGGGGAUAUUUUAUCGAGAGGAAGAGGAAACACUCAUGCUACUUUUUUGCAGGUUUUGUCAAAGUUAAUAGUCGUUUGCUGAUGUUUCUCCUUCUUCCUGGCGCGUUCCGCCAGUGAUUUCUACUUUGUUUUAAUCUUAUGAUUUUGUCUGUCAGCGAGUGUGAAGACAAGGUUUAUAUUCCCACGCGCGUUGUGACAGGGGGGACACAGUGCUGCCGACUGUGCGCACCGCAAUGGAUUUUGAGGCUUUCAAGAUGCAUCUAGAGUAGAUAUAGCGCUGAUUUUUGGAUCAACUUGAGCAAAUUAGUUUGUCUGUAAAAGCACACGUGGAUAAAGCUCUUGCAAAUAGUCUACAAACAGUGUUUAAUCGGCGCGGUAUUCUUGGAGAGCCCGGGGAACGCAACCCGGCGUUUGUGCUGGAUUUUGGUCACUUCUUGCACUUCAAAGACACUGAGACGUGUGGUAAAGGAGAGUAAAAUAGGACUUUGGACUUCAGAUAUACAGACUAAAACUAUACAGGAGGAGAAGGUGCUUCUUCUACACAUCCGAGGGGGAAAGAUGGAUUUAUUCCUAUGGCUCUUUGGAUGUUUACUGGCUUUUCUCUCGCCGUCAGCAGUCAAAGCAGAGGAAGGAGCGUCUGAGGCAUGCGGUGGCUAUUUAGAUGCCAGUUAUGCUGGAUACAUCACCACCCCCGGCUACCCUCUGGAGUACCCGCCUCACCAGAACUGUCGCUGGGUUAUCACAGCCCCUGAGCCCUCACAACGCAUCGUUUUAAACUUCAACCCACAUUUUGAGAUAGAGAAACUGGACUGCAGAUAUGACUAUGUAGAGAUCCAUGAUGGGAACUCAGAGUCAGCUGACCUGCUGGGGAAGCACUGCAGCAACAUCGCCCCUGCACCAAUCAUAUCGUCAGGGCCCUCACUCCACAUCAAGUUCGUAUCGGACUACGCCCACCAGGGGGCAGGCUUCUCACUGCGCUACGAAAUCUUCAAAACAGGUUCAGACUGUUCCCGUAACUUCACCAGUCCCUCAGGUCUCAUUGAGUCCCCGGGCUUCCCUGACAAAUAUCCCCACAACCUGGAGUGCUCCUUCAUUAUUAUUGUCCCACCCAGCAUGGAUGUGACCCUCACCUUCCUCACCUUUGACCUGGAGAACGACCCCUUGCCGGGCGGAGAUGGAGACUGCAAGUAUGACUGGCUGGAAGUGUGGGACGGACUCCCAGGAGUGGGCCCUCUGAUUGGUCGAUACUGUGGGACCAGGGUGCCUCCUGAGAUCCAGUCAUCUACCGGGAUUCUCUCUCUGUCCUUCCACACUGACAUGGCUGUGGCUAAAGAUGGCUUCUCUGCUCGAUACAACAUGACGCACAAGGAAGUCAGUGAGACUUUCCACUGUAGUAAUGCAUUCGGCAUGGAGUCAGGAAAGAUCACAGAUGACCAGAUCACAGCCUCAUCAAGUUUCUACGAUGAACACUGGUUGCCACGACAGGCCCGCCUCAAUUACCAUGACAAUGGAUGGACGCCCAAUGAAGACAGCAACAGGGAGUACAUACAGGUGGACCUCCAUACUUUGAAGGUGCUUACAGGCAUUGCCACCCAGGGUGCCAUUUCGAAGGAAACUCAAAAAGCUUAUCACGUCACCACCUUCAAGCUGGAAGUCAGCACCAACGGAGAGGACUGGAUGGUCUACAGACAUGGCAAGAACCACAAGGUUUUCCAUGCCAACACUGACGCCACGGAGGUUGUUCUCAAUCGUAUCCCACAGCCGGUCCUGGCCCGCUUCGUACGAAUCCGACCUCAGAUGUGGAAAAACGGCAUUGCACUGCGGUUUGAGCUCUACGGCUGUCAAAUCACGGAUGCACCCUGCUCAGAGCUGCAAGGCAUGCUGUCUGGGCUCCUUCCUGACUCCCAGAUUUCUGCGUCGUCCAUGAGAGACAUCCAUGGCUCCAUGGGGGCAGCCAGGCUGGUGGCCAGUCGCUCAGGCUGGUUUCCCAACCCGACACAACCCAUAGCUGGAGAAGAGUGGCUACAGGCGGACCUUGGUGUGCCCAAGAUGGUGCGUGGCAUUAUUACCCAGGGUGCAAGAGGGCUGGAGGGCAGCACCAGUGCUGAGAAUAGAGCGUUUGUGAGAAAGUACAAACUGGCUCACAGCUUGACCGGCAAAGACUGGACUUACAUCACCGACAGCAAGACUGGGUUCGCGAAGAUUUUCGAGGGGAACGGCCACUAUGAUACUCCAGAGGUGCGGAGGUUUGAUGAGAUUGUGGCCCAGUACAUCAGAGUCUUUCCGGAGAGGUGGUCGCCUGCUGGGAUCGGCAUGAGGAUGGAGGUCCUCGGCUGUGACCUGCCAGAAACAACCACUGUACCUGACACUGCGACCCCCACCGUGCCCAGAGUAGAACAGACCACCGCUGCAAUGAGACCCGCCACCACUCCGUCCCUGUCAGCCGUGUGCGACUUCGAGCAGAGCUUGUGCGGCUGGUCAGCUGAUCCCCAGUCAGGUGUGAGCUGGUCCCUGCACACAGCCAGCAGCAGUUCAACAGGACACGGCACACAUGGAACGAGGCAGGAUUUGGCGCUGGGAUCAGACAAUUUCUCAGGGAACUACCUCCACCUGGAUGCAGGCGCCCACACCCAGCGUAAGCGAGCCCGGCUGCUAAGUCCAGAGGUGGGGCCGGAGCGAGGCCCGCUCUGCCUGCUCUUCUACUACCAGCUCCAGGGGGAGGCGCAGGGGAGCCUGCGGGUCCUGCUGAGGGACAGCGACCAGGAGGAGACGCUGUUAUGGGCUUUGAAAGGAGACCAGGGGCCUCACUGGAGGGAGGGCCGAACCGUCCUGCCCCAAAGCCCCAAGGAGUAUCAGGUGGUGUUUGAGGGCUUUUUCGACCACCCGACCAGAGGCCACAUCAGAAUAGAUAACAUCCACAUGAGCAACAGCAUCGAGCUGGAGCAGUGUACACAGCCUUUCCCUGCUUUAACUCCUGGCAUAACCAAUCCCAGGCCUAUGGAUUUCGGAAAAGACCCUGUUUUCAACCACAAGCCCCCCAUCAAUGGAGACUACGUCUUCCCAGGGUGGCCCAACUCCUUUUCUACCCCAUCCUCUGCUGAUGUGGACCCCUCCUCUGUCACACUGGUGUCAGAGAAAGACAAGGACAACGCCUGGCUGUACACGCUGGACCCCAUCCUCCUCACUAUCAUUGUGAUGAGCUCUUUAGGUGUGUUGCUGGGUGCCGUUUGCGCCGGACUGCUCCUCUAUUGCACAUGCUCCUACAGCGGCCUUUCCUCGCGCUCAUCCACAACACUGGAGAACUACAACUUUGAGUUGUACGAUGGCAUUAAGCAUAAAGUAAAGAUAAACCAGCAGAGGUGCUGCUCAGAGGCAUGAAGAAGAGGAGGAGGAGAAUGAUGGGGAAAGACACGUCCCCUACAGAAGUAAUUUUGUUCUUUGGACAAAGAAACACGAAAAGGAAGCACUAUCUGUUAUUUCAAUCCCCAGUGUCCCCUACUUAAUAUCCUGCUCUGAUGUCUAAAGGGGGAAUAUUCAACCCAGAGUUUCCCCACCAGUGGGAACUUGUGACCUUGAUCUCCCCUACAUGCUAUGAGGCCUAAACUGGGGUCAGGUCUUCCCCCAGUCUCCCCUACCCACAGUACCAUAUCUCCUCCGCCUGCAGGAGAGAGCCUGCUCGAUUCUUAAAGCCUGUGAAUGAAUGAAGGAAUGAAUAAAUGAAUAUGAAUGACAGAUCUAUCAUAGAAUAUAACCCACCAGCCACUGGAAUGAAGCUCGGAAGGAGAUGGACUACAGCACCCAUGACAAUCUGGACAUUUGGACCACAAAUGACGGCAAAGUCUGGUGUGUUUGGUUAAAGUGGGAUUCUUAAAGAAAAUGUACCCAUGACUGGUACUUUGCAGAUUUUUUCCUCAUCAGCUUGAAUUUGGCUGAUAUUGACGGCAUGCAGAAAUCAAAAUCUCCAGCUUCUGACUGUCGGUAAAAACUUUAGCGCCAGUGGACCUUUUAAAGUGGGUACUUUUGACUGAAAUCAACACAUAUCAAGCAAAUGCCUAUCCCCCUGCAGAUGUUUAAAAGAUAUCAAACCACACUACUCAAAUUAAUCUAGAUUUCUAAAGGCGAAUAAGGAAAAGAGGAUGAAAAAGGACAUUUUCUUUUUGUUUGUUUCUGAAAGUUUUUUAGAUAUAUGAGUUCUGGGAGUUUCAAAUGUCCAUUAGCCUGCCUUAUGGCGCUCGCUCGCUCCUUUGUCUGCCCUCGGUCUGCGCUUUGUGAAACCAGUGGCAUAGAAGAGUAAUGGUGACUGUUUUUGUUAUGUUUUAGACUUGUGUCUGUUUGGAAAAAAAAAAGGUAAAGAAAAGCUUCAGUUCGUAGCCGCCCUGUAGAGCUCUUACGCCAUUUUUUAGACUUUCUUUAGCAUUGUGUUGGACUCCAUGGUCUUAACUGUUACUUCAGUCCUUUUCCAUUUUCACACAUUUUCCAUUACAGAUUAUCAGUCUUUACAAAGAGUAGAGAAAAGGUAAAGGAAGAUGAAAGACAGAAAAUCAGAGGUUUAUCUAAAUCUAACAUGCUGUUAUGGAGUCGUGCUUUAGAUUCAGUAUUCUAGGGUUUGUCUUUGGUAUAUAUCUAUAUUUUUUUGCUUUUCAGACUGUAUGAUGCCCAAAUGAUGAACAGACACUGUGUGAACAAAAUGUCAGUGAUUGUUUUAUUGCAACCUAUGGAUUGCCAAAGAGCCGUGUACGUGCACAGGGGGUCUGAACAAGUGUUAAAAGAGGCCGAGUGGAGGACAGUAUGAGAGUGACAAAUCACCCUUGCCCUUUAUUCACCACUCUAAGUGUCACCCCCCCUGAAUGAAAGACGCUCAAAAAAUGGAAAAAGAAGGAAUGACUAAAGGAGGAGAGCGGGAAAUCGUACCCGGUCGACUUUCUUGGACACACAAUCGAGCCUUAAGCUAACUACAGUAUACGCUGUAUCGGAGGACAGCCAUCGAGGAGUGCCAGUGCUGCUGGAGAGACUGAUGAAUGGGAGGAGACAUACACACACAUACACACACAUACACACACAUGCACACACAGAAAGAUAGACAGACAGAAAGAGAGAGCAAGGUUAUGUUUACAUGCAGGAAAAUUCUCAUUAUUAUUCAAAGUACAUUUAUAAUCAGAUUCAAAAAACUUAGUGAGCCUGGACCUUCAACAGUAUUCAGGUUAUAUGCGUUAGGCAUCAUGCAGCAGUUUCUAACCACAGUUACAUUCAUAUGCCACUAUUUGGCUUCAGCUAAAUACAUUUUGGUAGAAACUUAAAGGUACCCUGUGGAGUUUUGACCACUAGAGGUGCUGUGGAGCAAUGUUCCCAAUUUGUUUGUCUUUCAUGCAUGCAAAUAAGUAUGCAGCAACACAGAACUGAUAGCCCUUUAACACCAACAUGAAAUGGGUUCUGUUCUGCUUUCCAACCAUUUGGAAUAAAAAUUGGUUUUGAACCCCAAAAAUUGGUUUUAAGUUGGAAACAAAAGUAGAGUGUUAAGUGUGAACCUUUCCAAUAUCCAUAGGAGUGUCUUAUUCUAAAGGUUGGAAAGAGAGGACAUUGAAAGCAACAAUAGAGAUGUUAGGUAAAAAGUCAGUGGUGAAAAAGAGCGUGCAGUGGUCUCAUUAAUAGCUGGUUCUUGUUUUUGGAUAAAUACAAAUAGCUGUAAUAACAGAGCAAAAUUUUGUAGGUAAUCAAUCGAUCCUCCAUCUUGCUGUUACUGUUUGCUAUGCAUGCACUGUUGUGCACUCUGCAACACCCUUCGCUGAUGAAGUGGUUAAAUGCAGGCCAGUUUGUUAGAUAGCACAGAGAUUCCAAGAGUCCUGAAUGGAACUGGUGCAAGAAUGAUUUUUUGGGGGUUUUUUUUGGGCGGAAAAGGCUGAUCAGUGAUAGGCCAGCAAAGGAGAGGUAGGAGACUGUAAGCUUGGUAGGAUUUUAAUUAUUUAGAUGGAAAAAAAAUGAUUAGAACAAAAGUGCAUUCAGCACAUUUGUUAGACCUCAAAGAUGCAAACAAUUUGUGAAUAUAACUCUACAAGAACACCCCACAGGCUACUUUUAAUGCCUCCCAGAAGUAUUCUAAAGAACAUAUCAACAACAUGAUUGUGUUAAACACAGCUGCAACUUUUACAUGUUUUUCCUACAACUGACAGUUUUGUCCACUGAAACAUAAUUUUGAUGAUGUUUAGACAACCAUAUUUACUUGUAAAUAUUUGGAAAAGCUUUUGGUUUUAGUUGAAAAAUGAAAAAGUCAACACCUUGGCAUAAUUCUUAAGCACUUUGUACAUCUGUCUAUUCCUCCCGAUAUGGUUACUUAUGACUGUUCUUUAUGAAUGCCACGCCACUUCUGACAUUAAAAGUAGGCAUUGCAAGUGAAAAUAAAUAACUUGCAAAGUAGAAAAUUAAUGGAAAUCAUUGGAGACUGCUCUAUUAUUGCUACAUUUAAAAUAAAAUUUAAAUUAAAUAAUACAUGGCAGCAUACCUUGCGUUUAAAGGAAACUAUUGGCAUAAGUUAACAUGAUCAAUUAAGGUCCAUUAAAGAUAUAUAUGAUCAUCUAAACAACUGGACAGGUAGGCAAGUGUUUUUCUGCAUGAAAACAUAUCCGGUGCAAUGCUCAGCUGACAGAUGGAGAAGAUGGACAACCUAACCAUAACCCUAACCUAGUAAGAUAAACAUUAAGUGACACUGCCAGCAGGACAGGUAGAAGGUGUGAGAGAGAGACACACAAACUUGAAUCAGAGAGAGCGACAAGCAAAGACACAACACAAGGAAAAGAAUCUUAAAAAAUGUAAUUGGGGAGCCAGACGCUGUCCUCUCCCUGUCUGUUAUGUUUUUCUUUCUCACCCUGGUCAGCCACAUAGAAGAUGAGGGUCAAUCCCAGAAAGUCCCUUUGUGUUUCCUGAAUCUGUGAAGUUGCUUUCCUCUGGAGGCUAAAUUGAAAGAUAAAGAGACGGGAAGAAAAGGAGAGAAAAAGGGUCAAAAACGACAUGUGACACCACUCUUUCUUUUUGCCUCUCUCCCUCAUCUCACCCUGUUUGUGAUUAAACAAACAAAGAAAAUAGGGGGAGUAUGAAAAGGUGUUGAAAGCUGGUCAUAGAAGGAGAGAUAAAGGAGGGAACCAUGGAGAGAGAGAAAUGGAGGGUUUUCUGUCCAUCUAACUGCAUUUUCAUUGGACUGUUUUCCAAGUGCCUUGGAGCUCUCUUAAUAUGUCUCCCUAUCUUUCUCUCUUUCUCUCUGACUUCUAUCUUACUCUUUUUCUCUCUCACAGACAAAAAACACAGGAAACAUUAUGAGAAUUUGUUUGCUAAUUGCUACAAAUGAAUACAAUUAUAUAGCAACACACACCUGCACACACACGGCACACUUGUUGUCUUUCUCUCUCUCUUCUGCUCGACUUAAACUCUUUCCUUCUGGAAGUCUAGAAAGUAUUACCUCUUCUGUCUCGAUGGAUACACACGUGCUCACAUUGACACACACACACACACACAGAGAAAUGCACACGACAUUAAGACAUACACAAACCUACGGCACUGGCCAGAUAACUCAAACUGUUGUUUGUAGACUUUGUACAGAAAAAUUUCUUUUUUAAUGUUAUUAUUAUUAUUUAAUAAA